AUGCUCAGAUGCCGCUGGUUCCGGGGUCGGAUGAUGGGAGGAAGUUCUGCCCUGAACGGCGCCAUAUACACCCGAGGGAACCACAAGGACUACGACAACUGGGCCGCGUUGGGGAAUCCUGGCUGGUCCUUCAGAGACCUCCUCCCGCUUUUCCUUAGGGCUGAGAACUUCCUCGUGAAAGACGUUCCUACCGGAGAUGCCAUUUACCACGAGGGUAACAGAUAUCGUGGGUACUUCCCCGUAUCCUACACCUACUUCUCCGAGCUCUUGCCAGCGUUCAUUGAGGCGGGGGAGAGUCUGGGCUUCCCGCACAACCGCGACUACAACGGCGCCUCUCAAAGGGGAUUCAGCAGGCUGCAGCAAGCGAACAAGGAUGGAAUCCGAUAUAGUGCGGCCUUGGCGUAUCUGGUCCCCGGGAAGCAUCGCAAGAACCUCCAUGUCGUCGCCAAUACCAUUGUCUCCAGA